UCAGCAUCACCUGGAGCAGAGUGGCCCAGCCUCAGACUCAGAAUACCAAGACCCAGGCCCGCAGGCCUGGACCCACCCCGGUCCCCCUGUCCCAGCUCCAUUCUUCACCCCACAAUCUGUAGCCCCCAGCCCUGCCCUGUGAGGCCCGGCCAGGCCCACGAUGCUCCUCCUUGCUCCCCAGAUGCUGAGCCUGCUGCUGCUGGCGCUGCCCGUCCUGGCAAGCCCGGCCUACGCGGCCCCUGCCCCAGGCCAGGCCCUGCAGCGAGUGGGCAUCGUCGGGGGGCAGGAGGCCCCCAGGAGCAAGUGGCCCUGGCAGGUGAGCCUGAGAGUCCACGGCCAAUACUGGAUGCACUCCUGUGGGGGCUCUCUCAUCCACCCCCAGUGGGUGCUGACCGCGGCGCACUGCGUGGGACCGGACGUCAAGGAUCUGGCCGCCCUCAGGGUGCAACUGCGGGAGCAGCACCUCUACUACCAGGAUCAGCUGCUGCCGGUCAGCAGGAUCGUCAUGCACCCACAAUUCUACAUCAUCCAGACCGGGGCGGACAUUGCCCUGCUGGAGCUGGAGGAGCCCGUGAACGUCUCCAGCAACGUCCACACAGUCACCCUGCCCCCUGCCUCGGAGACCUUCCCCGCAGGGACACCGUGCUGGGUCACCGGCUGGGGUGACGUGGACAAUAAUGUGCGCCUGCCGCCGCCGUACCCGCUGAAGGAGGUGGAAGUCCCCAUAGUGGAAAACCACAUUUGCGACGCAGAAUAUCACACUGGCCUCCACACGGGUGACAGCUUUCAAAUAGUCCGCGAUGACAUGCUGUGUGCGGGGAGCGAAAAGCACGACUCCUGCCAGGGCGACUCCGGAGGGCCCCUGGUGUGCAAGGUGAAUGGCACCUGGCUGCAGGCAGGCGUGGUCAGCUGGGACGAGAGCUGUGCCCAGCCCAACCGGCCUGGCAUCUACACCCGGGUCACCUACUACUUGGACUGGAUCCACCGCUACGUCCCCAAGAAGCCCUGAGCCAGGCCUGGGGUGGCCACCUGGGUCAUUGGAGGGCCAGCCCCUCCCGUCCAAAACACCACUGCUUUCUACCCAGGCGGCAACUGCCCCCGACACCUUCCCCCAUCCUGAGCCCCCUCCCCUUUUCCAGCCCCCUCCCCCAUCCUGAGUCUCCUCCCCCAUCCUGAGCCCCGUCUCCUGUCCUGAGCCCUAUCCCCUUUCUUGAGCCCCCUCCCCCAUCCUGAGUCCCUUCCCCUAUCCUGAGCCCCCUUCUCGAUCCCCUCCCCCACCCUGAGCCCCCUCCCCUUUCUUGAGCCCCCUCCCCCACCCUGAGCCCCCUCCCCUUUCUUGAGCCCCUCCUCCAUCCUGAGCCCCCUCCUCCAUCCUGAGCCUCCUCCCGCAUCCUGAGCCCGCCCCUCCUGGCCCCUCCGGCCCUCCCCUGCCCAGGCAGCUGGUGGUGGACGCCCAUCCUCCCUAGUGCUGCUCUCAUUAAAGUGCAUGAUGG